UCCAGACAGUCACAGGCCUGUGAGAAGCUGGUGGAUGCUGGUGGCUCCAGCUCUGCUCCCUCUGCUGCCGCUGCUGCUGCUGCUGCUGUGUUGAAGGCUGCGCCCCCCCCCCCCCCCCACUGCUGCUUCCCAGGGAGGCAGAGGAUGGAAUGCUAGAUCUUGCACUUCUUUGUGAGCUGUGUUCCUGUUGCCAGAAUGGGAAAACAGAACAGCAAGCUGCGUCCGGAGGUGAUGCAAGACUUGCUGGAGAGCACAGACUUCACAGAGCAUGAGAUCCAGGAAUGGUACAAGGGCUUCUUGAGGGACUGCCCUAGUGGACACUUGUCAAUGGAGGAGUUUAAGAAAAUUUAUGGGAACUUUUUCCCUUAUGGGGAUGCUUCCAAAUUUGCAGAGCACGUCUUCCGCACCUUUGAUGCCAACGGAGAUGGGACAAUUGACUUUAGAGAAUUCAUCAUAGCCCUAAGUGUGACCUCCAGGGGGAAGCUGGAGCAGAAGCUGAAGUGGGCCUUCAGCAUGUAUGACCUGGAUGGCAAUGGCUACAUCAGCAAGGCAGAAAUGCUGGAGAUCGUGCAGGCAAUAUACAAAAUGGUUUCCUCUGUGAUGAAAAUGCCUGAGGACGAGUCAACCCCAGAGAAGAGGACAGAAAAGAUCUUCCGCCAGAUGGACACCAACAGAGAUGGAAAGCUGUCCCUGGAGGAGUUCAUCCGUGGAGCCAAGAGUGACCCGUCCAUCGUGCGCCUCCUGCAGUGUGACCCCAGCAGUGCCGGCCAGUUCUGAGUCUGCAGGCACCUCACGCUCUUCCAGAUGCUCACGCCCCCUCUUGAUCAUUGUUUUGUUUUAACAGUCUGUCGUUGUCAUUGUUGUUGUUUUGCCAAACAAUACUGACAGUGCCGCUACCCCUCCUAGGGGGUCAGAGGUGCUGUCCUGCUGCCUCCAGCUUCUCCUACCCCUGGCACUGGGGAGAGCAUGGAUGGUGCUGUUGCAAGGCUCUGUGGUUUGCAUGGUUCUGGUAAUUCUCCUGGCUAUUCUUUCUCUGUUGGUUCUAAGGUCUCUUGUAAAAACCCAAGACUCGGGGAGGCAAGAGGAAGCCAAGCCAGUCCAGUCAGUCUUGUUAGAGACAUAAAGCUCCCCACCCAGCUCUGGGAUCCUCAGGCUCCCAGGGGUGAUGAAAACAGUAGGGACAGGCAGUAAAGGAACUGGGGACCCCCCUACAACAGGACAUAAAGGAACUGGGGUACCCCUCCAUACCAGGCCAUAAAGGAUCUCGGGGGACCCUCCACACCAGGCCAUAAAGGGACUGGGGGAGCCCCCCCACACACACACACCAGGCCGUAAAGGAACUAAGGGACUCCCCCACACCAGGCUGUAAAAAAAUUAGGAGAUCCCUCACACUCAUCCGUAAAGGAACUGGGGCCCCCUGCCCCAACCAGAGGCCCACUCCAUCCUCUUCCCCAGCAGGCAGGAGCUUCUAAGCUGUGAACAUGACAAAGUGAACUCAGAAAGGAGAGGAAAAUGAGGGCUCAGCUAUUCUUUCCACAGGUUUAUAGGAGUUGAGCCGAACGGAGUUUCUCUGGAAAUUAAACACAACUGGUAACUUAUGUUCCCAAACCACAUCCGUCUUAUUGCCAAUUGUGAUUAUAAACAAAAACCAAACCAAACAAACAAAAAAACAACAACUGUAUAUAAAAUAUUUGGGUAUUGCAGACCAAACUAAGUGUUCUGCCUUGUUUAAAUGAGAUGCAUGUUAGUGAGCAUUAAUCCAAUCUUAUUACAGGAGACUGUUUUCAGUAGCUUAUUGUGAAGUAAGCCAACUGUAACGAAUGUCUGUGUCUUGUUUUAAAGUCCUGUCUUUGCACAAAUGCACCAACCAACUGGUGUAUUUUAUAUAUUCCAGAAAAGUACCAAGAAACCUUGACUAGGGCUCAGCCUUUCAUUUGAAUGCUUUUCCAGAGUGUCAAUGUGCCCAGACAACAGCAGAGAUUAAAAAGAAGAGACAUAGUCAUUGGAGCACAUCUAUUCAUUGGGACUGACAUUCAUAAAAGAUGCCAGGUGAUGAAAGGCCCACCCAGCCUAGGAUUCAGUUGGAAGUGCUUUGAGUAGAUCAGUAUUCUGUGGAGCCGCCCUGCCCCACACCCCCCCCCCCCACACACACACACAAGGUAUUGGUGUCUAAGACUUCCCACUGGUUUAACCUAUGUGGGUAGUUCUGGAACCAUAUCUGAAAUGUUUUUUUUUUUAAUGUCCCCAGUGGUUUUUUCUUAAAUUAUCUUUAUUUAUUUAUUGGAAAGAGACAGCCAGAAAUUGAGAGGGAAGGGGGAGAUAGAGAGACAGAGAGACACCUGUAGCCUUGCUUCACUGCUUGUGAAGCUUUCCCCCUUCAGGUGGGGACUAGGGACUUGAACUCUGGUCCUUGCAUAUUAUAACAUGUGCACUCAACCAGGUGAGCCCACAGCCAGUCCCUGCUCCCAUUGGUGUUAAGAGUCAGAGGCUGGGCACAAAUCCGACCCAUUGUGAAACAGACAUGGGCUAGUGUGUCAGUGCCUCCCCAUGGUGGACUUUUCCAGCACCUUGUAGUUUUAAUUGCUGCUUUCAGAAAUAACAGCACAAAUUUGAGUUGAGUUUUGGUCUGGUGACCUCCAUAUAUUCUAUUGAAAAUGGAGAGUUAAGUGACAAUUUCUGGUCACAAGUAGGUCUCAUGUGUUCACAAGCUAUAGGCAAGUAGAAGCACACUGACAAAGUAGAAAGAGGAGAACCUGCCCCAAGAGAAGGUUCCCAAUUGGAUCCAUGAGCACCAUGUGGAGAUGGCAGAGGGAUACAGAUGACAGCAUCUCCAGACGGAUGCUGAGGCCCCUUUCAUUCCCAGGUUCCUCUGCAUCACUCGCACCCAUUUCAACUGGCCGUAAAAAUGUGAAAUUGAGUAGGCCCACCGAAAUAAGUCAACUUCACAGGGUAAAAUUGUGAGACCUAGACUUGGUAAUCAAUAAAUAAAUAACAAAUAAAUAAAUAAACUCACUUUUCCUGUGAGUGGCAAUUCCUCACCUUGGUUCUAAAAAGAGAUGGUCCAAAUCCCUCCAAGGGACAAGUGGUAAAAAUAUAUAUAUAUAUGUGUUUGAAAAACAGAAACUUCAGCCAAGACAUGGAGUACAGAAGCUGAGGGACCUGAAACACUUGCCUGGUAGUGCUCAGGAGGUAUCUUCCACUUCUUCCCGCUUUUUUUUAAAAAAAAAAAGAUUUUUAUUGUCUUUAUUUAUCGGAUAGAGACAGCCAUAAAUCAAGAGGGAAGAGGGAGAUAGGAAGGGAAAGAGAGAAAGAGGGAGAGAGAGAGAGAGAGAGAGAGAGAGAGAGAGAGAGAGACCGACCUGCAGCCCUGCUUGACUGCAGCCCUGCUUGACUACUUUCAAAGCUUUCCUUUUUGCAGGUGGGGACUGGGGGCUUGAACACGGGUCCUUGCUCAUUGUAACAGGUGUGCCACCACCUGGCCCCCACUGCUUUCCACUCUUCAGGGAAGACCAAAUCCUUCCUUAGUUUUCCAGACCUGCUAAUAGUUAGGAAGGCCCACCUAGCUCUACCUAUUUUUAUUUUUAUUUUUGGUAGGCAGAGAGGCAGUGAAAGAGAAGACAGCACCAAUACUUUGUUGGAUGUAGUGGGAGCUGGAAUAGGAGCCUGGGUCAACACACAGCAAAGCAACAUGGCUGGUGAGCUCUGACACUCCCAGAAUAAAUGAAGUUGGUCAUGAUCCAGGCUACUACUCAUCCAGUCUCUAUUUUCUUAAGAGUCUCCCCCACCCCCCACCCCCACCCCCAGCACCCCUUUUGUACUCUGGAAAGGUGUAUGUAUCCAGUCCGGUGCUCCAAGGCUCUCUGCUGUGCUCAGAAGGCUGAGUGACUGAAGGUCUGUGCUACUCCUGUGCUGGGCUGUUCCUUGUCUUUGCUGUGUUAAGGAACCUCUGGAAACAGAGUCUGUUCUGCUUGAAAUCAAGCUAGGCUGCAGCGCUCAAGGGACUGGAAUAAAGUGAUGAAUGA